UGAUCUCAGAAACCCAGAUUUUCAGAAAUAGAAAAUGGGCUAGCAUUAAUCACCCAGUCUUUUAUCAAUCGACAAAGAAGUGGACGAUUAUACGAAAUUUUCGCAUGUGAAAUCAAAAUGGCUGAUAAGCAGUAAUUGCGCUUCUCGUAAUGAUGACCGUUUCGAUACGAUCAUGCACACUCGGGCCCCAAAAACCAAGUACCGUUCGGUAGCGGUCUAUAGGGAUUUGCAGCAGGGGUACAUCCCUGCAACUUUCUCAAACAUUCGCGAAACAGACGGGUGCCACGUCUUCCCCAGUCUCCACAUCACCCUGUCUCCGCAUCGUGUGGGGACCUCAAGGCAAGAGAAGGGCCGAAAGGGAAAGGAUAGACUCCUAAAUGACUCUUUUCUCGAGAUCUCCAUCCCCCCCCCUGCGCACGCACACACAACAGAUAUCCACCCACAUAUUGAACUGAUAAGACGAUGGCAAACCUCCUAUAAGGAUCGACAGAACUUGAAAAAAAAAAGUUGUCUCUGUUUUGGUGACAUGUUCUCCUUUCAACCGAUUCCAUCGUCUUUCUCAAAUAGAAAUCGUCUAAUUUCCCCUUCCAAUUUCAGCACCGUUUGCGGGAAUGGAGGCAUUCAAGUAAGGGGUAUGGCGCCACAACAUUGCCAAGGAAGAUUAUUCAUCACAAUAACAUACCACACGCACACACAGCCAAUAGAUUUGUAUACGGUACAACGUCAAAAUGAGAAAAAAGCAUCAUGCCUCUGCGAGACCUGUCAUCAUAUGUCUCGGAAUACCCUGGAUGCAACCGGCCGGACCCGGAAGUCGCAAAAGGAAAAAUGACGUGGAAAAGAAACGACGUUGAAAACAUACCUCCGCAAUCGACUGCCGCUCAAUGAUGGAUUUUUGCUUCUCAUUCCGCGAUACCCGAUAGUAGUUCUCGCAAAAAUCAUUGCAUCGCAUGAAUCGCAAAAAUUCUUCAUCAUGUGUAAUGACAAUGAGUUGAAAGUUUGACUGCUGUUGACGCGCUCGGAUAAUAUCGUGGAGAGAUUCUGCCAGC